CGCACUUAAACAUCCGGGUGACGAUUUGUCAGGGUUGCAGAUGCUGUGCGAGGAGAAAUAGGACGUGUAACAGACUUUGCCUCGGUUGAUUUACUUAUAUACGUCAUGGACGCCCAUUCACAGGAGGUGCUCCUGAAGAAGCGACUUCAGGGCUUUCUUAGCGAGAUGUUAAAAAUGGGUACUCUAAAAGGCUUCAAGCACUUCGCAACAUACAUGAGAGGAAGAGAGGAGAUGGUAAUCAGCAUUGUGAACGAACCACAGACAACUCAUCACACAUAUGUGUCGGAAUCCGGAGGCACAGGAUUUAGCUCCCCUGAUAGGAGUGGCAGUCUCACGUCACAAAAUCUACCUUAUGAUAAACGAUCCCUGUUAAUAUCUAUGAGAUCACAGAUGACUUUGAGUACAGCCCCAAAAGGGGUUGGCCUUCCCCCAGCUUCACCCAGUGAUCAGGAAAUACAGAUCGGAGGAGAGGACUCCACCCUGUUCCUGGUGGCCGGGUACGCACGGUACUGCUGUCCCUACGUGUGGGUGAGGUCUAACCAUGAGCGACUCAUCAAACUGACCGGUGACUCGGCUAAUGACAAGGACUGCCCACUCAAGCUCAAGACGACUUUACACUGGAAAGACUCGGAUUACAACGUGUGGGACAUUGUGGCAGAACUGGUGAAGCUGUGUUGUUACCCAGCCCCUAUAAACCCGUACGAGAUUGACUUUGAUUACUUUGACAGCCUGACCCUUCCUGAGCAGGUGUUGGCUACAGCAGCCAUGAGUAACUUUCUACAGAAGGUCCUCGUUCAUGUGCCAGACGAUAAGGCUUACAUCAGUAAAGUAUUUGAAGAAAUCCAACUCCUUACAAAGCUGCACUUCACAGCACUGCAAAAGGUUGCCAAAUCAGGUGGCAUACCUGUUCUAAAUCAACACCUCCAGGCUGCCACUCGGCGGCAGCACAGGACAAGUGGUUCCUCAGUGUCUUCGCGGCAGCGGAUCCCUAGUAGUGGGGAGAAAUACUGGGGCGGGCAGCAGGCUCCGGCCCGGGGGUAUAGCUACAGUCAGUACUGAAGGACAGACACAAGUAUGCUAUGGGAAGGAGGCAGUACAAUCAUUACCAGUUUUUUGUGGAUGUGUUCAGAAGUAAACUAAAUCAGUUAGCAUACACUUGUUAUUAUUUCAUAGAGAUUAAAUCAACGCUGCUUAAUUUCUGGGCCCUUCUUAAUGAAACCAUUCCCACACUCAAACACAGAUUCUGCUCUGAAGCAAAAUGUCUUACUGCAGCUAGCGUAUAUUCAAAUUUAUAUAAAAAAAAAAUGAAGAAUUUUAGAGACACUUAAAGCUGAAUUUGAGAGAGACAAAAAGCCAAAUAUUGUUUUCCAAAGUUUACUGUGGACUUUUUGAUCUAUGUCACGUGAUUAAUUAAUGCAAAUUACAAGAAAGACAUUUGGGCACAGAAACCAUGCUUGAGCACGAGAACAGUUUCAUGAAUAUGGGUCUUACUUGGUUAAAGAUCAGAAAUGGAAUGAUAUUCAAUGAUGGUAUUAGCAGGUACCAGGGCCGUUUUCGUUUAAACGGUCAAACCGGUUGGACCACUGUUGUUCGUUUAUCAAAUAAGGUCGGACCUAGUAA